UCCGCGGUGAUAGAUUCCACAGAGUCCGGCUUUUUCCUCUCUUCCACCCGGAGGGGAUUCCCAACGCCCCGUGAUGAAUUCAGCGGAAUGGUUCGCUUAGCAGAGGUUUCUCAUUUACGGAAGGAGAGGCCCUCCGCCAUAUCCAGCACUUCCGGAGUUUCCUGAGGUCUGUCUACUGUUGGUCUUGUUAUUUCGAAUGUCAGCUCCUCUCCGGAUAGGACACCUGACAUCUCCGUGAUAAUUGAGCAUCCACAUUGUGAAUACGAUCAUCAUACUCGGUGGAAAGUCGGGAACCCUGUCUGUCGUCCAUUGUGUGAAGACAUGCGAGAUUUCCAUGUGUUCGUUCGGUUCUGCAGCAGUCAGAGGAAUCUCCCAAAAGACGCGCGAAUAAAUCUCCUGGCAACUUACUGUGAUAAUGUGAAGAAAGGCAAAAUUCAAGACGAUCCCAACCAACUGAGAAUCGCUCAAGUACUCCAGAACCUGCAAUCGGAACUAUGGUCCUACGAGAAGCGGAGCCCAACAUUAUUGACGAGGUUUUUCAAGACCGAGGUUCAAGUCCCGAGGGGAGUAUACAUCUAUGGCGCCGUCGGAAGAGGUAAAACCAUGCUGAUGGAUAUGUUCUACGAUUGUGUGGAGCGACCUCAGAAGAAACAACGACAGCACUUCCAUUCUUUCAUGCUCGACGUGCACAAUAGGAUCCAUGAGUGGAAGAAGACGUCCAAUGUCGAGAGGAAGAGCUCUUCUUAUGACCCGAUACCGGCGGUGGCUGCACAAAUUUCCGAGAAGAACACCGUACUCUGCCUGGAUGAGUUCCAAGUGACCGACAUAGCGGAUGCCAUGAUCCUUAAGCGACUCUUCGACCACAUAUUUCGGAACGGAAGCGUUCUCGUCGCAACCAGCAACAGACCUCCGAACGAUCUCUACAAAAACGGCCUGCAGAGAUCCAAUUUCCUGCCUUUCAUUGAUAUUUUGAAGAGGAACUGCGAGGCUCUUGCUCUCGAUUCUGGAGUCGAUUACCGCUCGCAGCUAAACGCGAAUUCCGAUACGCCCUUCUACUUCGUGAAAGGCGAGGGGAACGUGAGCGCUGAGAUGGAUCGCCUUUUCAAAAUCGUUUGCUCCCACGAAACAGACACGAUUCGAUCGCGUACCCUGGUCAUCAAGGGCCGGAACGUGGAAUUCAAAAAGUGUUGUGGACAAGUUUUGGAUACCACCUUCGAUGAACUGUGCGACAGACCUCUGGGAGCGGUGGACUACGUCUUCCUGAGUCAAGUUUUCCACACGAUAUUCAUAAGGGACAUCCCUCAGUUGACGGUGAAGCAAAAGAGUCCAGCCAGACGGUUCAUCACUCUGAUCGACACUCUCUACGAUCAUCGGGUGCGCGUUGUCUGCUCAGCGGAUGCUCCGCCUGCCUCGCUGUUCACCACUGUGCGUGACGAGAGUCUCGUCACGGACGAAAACAGGAUGCUCAUGUCCGACUUGGGCAUCGAUAAUCCGCAGGAGUUGGGAACGAUCUUCAGCGGCGAGGAGGAGCUUUUCGCGUUCGACAGAACGGUAUCUAGGUUGAACCAGAUGCAGACACGGAAAUAUUGGGAUCAAACGACGCACGAGCACAAAGCUUGA